ACGGGCCAACUGAUUCACGCCCGGGAGGCAGCCCGGUUCCAAAUCGAAUGCAAUAAACUUUCAGCCGAAGCAAAACACGCAUACACGGGCGCCCGGGCGGGAUGAAUCCAAUCCCCUCAAUGUGUCGGCAUAGUGGACACAAGUCUGGGAUUUCCGAGACUACCCACGACCCAACCCAACCAGGAAGUGUAAACACUUAUCAUGUAUCAGCAGCGCCUGUCAUUGCCCUUCUCUUCGACUCCUCAGCAUUCACAGCUCUCGGAACUCUGAUACUAUUUUGCUCAGUUGGUUGGUGUGUGAUCGAGGCCAUGGACUCGAUCAGUUGUUCGAUCUGCCUGGAUCUACUGAAGGAUCCAGUGACUAUUCCCUGUGGACACAGCUACUGUAAAGGCUGUAUCAAGGGAUAUUGGAGUCUUGAUGACCAAAAGGGAAUUCACAGCUGCCCCCAGUGCCGACAGACCUUCACACCAAGACCUGCUCUGAACAGAAACAUUCUGCUGGCUGAGUUGGUAGAGAAAUUGAAGACAGAUUUCAAAACAGUUCCCUCUGCUCCUUGUUUCCCUGGACCUGAAGAUGUGAAGUAUGACCAUGAUGACUCCGCUAUAGCAGCAGAGAGGACUGAGAAACAGGGGCAGUUGAGGGGGAAACGGCAGCAAGUCGGGCUGAGAAUCUGUGUGAGAGAGAAGGAGAUGCAGGACGUAAGACAGGCGGUGAUGUCCCAUUCACUUUCUGCUCAGGCAGCAGUGGAGCACUGUGAGCUGGUCUUUGAUGAGCUGAUCCACUCCAUUGAGAGAAGGCGCUGUGAGGUGAAGGAGCUGAUCAGCGUCCAACAGAGGGUGUCAGUAAGCCAGGCUGAAGGACUCCUGGAGCGACUGGAGCAGGAGAUGGCUGAGCUGAAGAGGAGAGACAAGGAGCUGGAGCAGCUCGCACACACUGAGGAUAACAUUCAUUUCCUCAAGACUUUCCAGUCUCUUUGUGUGGCUCCUGGAUCACAGCUCUUACCCUCUAUCACUGCCAACCAACACUUCUCCUUUGAGGAAGUGAAGAGUUCCAUCACUGGAAUGAUGGAGCGACUGGAGGAUGUAUUGAAGGAGGAAAUGGCUGAGAUACCUGGAAAAGUAAUGGCUGUCUAUGUCGUCAGCCCAAGACCAGAAUUAACUGCUGCCGCUGAAGUGCAUUUUCAUAAUGUGCCCAAGACCAGAGAGGAGUUCCUGGAGAACUACUGCCAUCUCACGUUGGAUCCCAACUCGGCAUAUCAACACCUGUGUCUGUCUGAGUUCAACAGAGAAGUGUCAUGGAGUGACAAGGCUCUGUCUUAUUCUGACCAUCCAGACAGAUUCACAGACCACUACCAGGUGUUGUGUAAAGAGGAUCUGUCUGGAACCCGCUACUGUGAGGUGGAGAGGAGGGGGGAAUGUGAGGUAGCCAUCACAUACAGAAGCAUCAGAAGGAAGGGCGGAUUGGAAUGUUGCUUUGGAUCCAAUGAUCAGUCCUGGAGUUUGGUGUGUCGUAAUUCCAGUUGUUCCUACUGGCACAAUAAGAAUAGGACCGAUAUCCCUGUCCCCUGCUCCACAAGAGUAGGAGUGUAUCUGGACAGCAGGGCAGGGAAUCUGGCCUUCUACAGCGUCUCGGAUAAAAUGACCCUCCUCCACAGAGUCCAGACCACAUUCACUGAGGACCUCUGUGCUGGGUUUUGGGUUGGUCCUGGUUGUGGAUCAUCUGUUGCUCUGUGUUGACUGAACGUCAUAGAAUAAAGUGUAUUUCAAAUCAAAUUGUAUUUGUCACAUGCGCCGAAUACAACAGGUGUAGACUUUACCGUGCUUACUUACGAGCCCUUUCCCAACAAUGCAUAGUUAAAAAGUGAGAAAAAAUAAAUGAUGGAAAUAGUAACACAAUAAAAUAACAAUAACGAGGCUAUAUACAAGGAGUUCCGGUACCGAGUCAAUGUGCAGGGGUAUGAGGUAGUUGAGGUAAUAUGUACAUGGAGUUAGGGAUAAAAGUGACUAGGUAAUCAGGAUAGAUAAUAAACAGAGUAGCUGCAGUGUAUGUGAAG